UAAACAUGUAUAAAAACCAACUGUUUGAUAAAAAAAAAAAACAUACUGAAAAAAAUCAUCCAACUCAUUUACAUAAUUUGUGUAUUCUACUAGUGAUUGACCGAAAAUGGCUAAGGAUGGUUUAGGACUCGAGAUCGAACUAACGUUGGCUCUUCCCGGAGGUGGUGGUAGUGAAGCUAGUGGUUCAAUGGAGAAGAAGGAGAAGAAAAGGGUGUUUUCUGAAUUUUCUGGUGAAGAGACUAACACGGCAAAGAAGAAUAAAAUGGUGGGGUGGCCACCGGUAUGUUCUUACCGGCGGAAGAAUAGUUUUAGCGAGGAAGAGGGAACAAAAAUGUACGUGAAAGUUAGCAUGGAUGGUGCCCCUUUUCUUCGCAAGAUUGAUCUGAGUCCACUUGAGGGGUAUUCUAGUCUUCUCAUGUCUCUUGAGAAACUCUUUUUCUGCUAUAUUGGUGAAGGAGAGAGUAGUGAGUACGUUCCAAUAUACGAGGACAAAGAUGGCGACUGGAUGCUUGUUGGAGACGUCCCAUGGAAGAUGUUCAGUGGAUCAUGCAAGAGGCUAAGGAUCAUGAAGAGUUUGGAUGCGAAGGGCAUUGGGCUUCAUGCAAAAGACCUUCUUGAGGGCAUUUCAAUAGAGGCAUGACCCUAUAAUUAAUCACUUUUCGAAUUAAGGAUUUGCAUACUAUGCACUGUCUGUUCAUCACAACUUUCUUUGCACAAUGGGCUGUUUGUAGUCCAUAAAUUAGCAAUUGUUUUAUUAAUUACCUUAAACUUUUAUUAAUUAGUGUUCUGUAAGAAUGCAGACUUCGUUC